CAUUUAAACACUCUUUAGAUAGUUCUCCGCGGUGCAUGAAACAUUUUCUCAAAUUCUUGGAUAUAUUUUUCACGUGAAACGCACGACCUGGUGGGUGUGAUAUUUCACGUGAACAAUAUUGCGACAAAUAUAUAGAAUCGAAUGUCAACAUGAUAUCAGUUCUUCUUCAGUCAGCGUCUAGCAAUGGUUUUGCUGUAUUGUUUGAAUAAAUACUGCACGUAUCGGAUUUCAAAAGUGCAAGCGGAUCUUCUUCUUGUAAAUUUGCCACUGAUACUGGACUAAUUGUAUGAGCGUGCAUCAUCUUUUGACACACGGGAUUGCAAGUCAAAAUAUGCAGGAGAACGGCAUAUCGGCCAAUAACACUACUAACAAGUGUUUGGAUGUAUGCCAUGCAGGUGUGAUUAGUGCGUCAUCAUCCGUAUUGUCUCUUCCAAAUGAAAUAUUAUGCCGCAUUUGCCAUGGACAUGAAAAAACGGAAGAGUUAUUUUCAUACUGUAACUGCAAAGGUUCGGUUGGUUUAUCGCACAAAUCGUGUUUGCUUCACUGGAUAAAGAUGUCUGGAUCGGUAACCUGCGAAUUAUGUAAGCAGAGAUACGUCACAAUUGGUCGAGUAAACAGACGAUUUUGGCAGUGGAAGUUGCCGCGUAUUGGAACAAAAGGCUGGUUUAAGCUUGUAUUUUUUGCUGGAUUUCUUUCCAUGUUGGUGGCAUUUACCACGUGGAUAAUCUGGUCACGAACAAGCUCUUCGUUGGCAGCCAAACGAGAGCGAAACAAAAAACAAGUUGAAUACAGCUACUUUGUUUACGGCAUGCUCGUGCUUAUUGCAAUUAUUGGCAUGUACGCUUUAAAUGGUCGACCUUUUUUGCGGUUCUUGGGCAAAUGUUUGGUCAUCAACCAAAGUAUAAUAGUGAUACCGAAUGGAGAACUUUGCGACGAGAAAGCUUCGGACACAAUAACAAUAUCAAUGGACGAACUUGACAAAGUAAAAACGGUCCAUUCGAGAACAAAUUGUUCGAGUAAGCAUGAAGUACCGUCGUUAAAAGAGACGUACGUUCAAGUCCACAUGGUUGACCCCAUGAAAUACGGUGUACGGGGAUAUGCGAAGCUUGCACCUGGAGACGACCCGGUCAUGGUAUAACAUAACUUACAGUAACCACCCAGCUGAAAGUAGAUGUGGAUUAUGUUACCUACAAGCACUGUAUUCUGUAAAACAGUACCACUGAUUUAAAAUUGGUUUCCUCAGAUUUAUUCAUUGGACCAAUUUUUUAUUGAUUCUUUGGUUGUUUUUACCAAAGACAAUCGAUUAAAAGGAGAUGAAUCUGAGACAACCAAUUUCAAAUUAGUUGUUAUAUAAAAAUCUCAGUUUUCACUGAAAGCUUGCAUUACAGCUCUAAUUUGCACUCGAUUUUGUCACUUUGACUCAACAAUAUUAUUCGGUCUAUUGCGUUGUUAUUAUGGUAGUUUGAAUUUCGAAUUAAGCUGUUGAAUUAUUCUGUCUUUUAUCCCCUGGAACCACCAUGCACAGGAAACGUUACGUUGCACGCGAUAACUUACGGAAUGCGAUAAUUAAGAAUGCAAUUAUCAUCAAUUUAGUAAAUAACUUUUAUAAUGUUGAAAAUAAUUAUGAUAAAUUUAGGUAAUUCGACAUGCUGCAGGGCAAGGUAUGACAAUAUUCCCGCAUUACGAGAUUUGGUUAUAAACCUAUUUUUGUCUCGUUAGAGUGUGUUAUUGUGUCUCUUGCCCAGACAGAAGCAUAGAUAAUUGAUUAAAUAUUUCAUUUUGUAAGAACUCGUGACGUUCUUUCAAAUAUGGCGAAAAUAGAAUUUUAUAGCUAUUGAUUUUUAUCCCUUUACAUAGUACGCAAACAAUUAAUAUACGGUAUUUUAUAGAAUUUGUAUAAUAGGCUAAUUAUUGGCAUGUUCGUUCAGAAAUGCAAUAAAUUAUUUUGCCUGGUUGACAAUA